GUGUAUCUCAGUGAAUGUAGUGCACUUCACGGUUCUAACAGAACACUUCACUUUUGACUUUUUAGAUUUUUUUUUUAUAAUUAAAUAACCAAACGUCACAUGCCAAGGAUAUUGAUUAUAACCUUGUGUCAUUCCGUGAGAAUAGGGAACUGAAAGCUGACCUGGGAAAAUCUUACGAUUAAAGUGCACUAAUCGACAAGCUUUUCACAAUUUGUUUUGUUUAGUAUUAGUGUAGUACUUUUCAAUGUGGAAAUAAUAGUCUUCAGAGUUUAUGUAAUUUUAAAAAUCGGUUAAUAUACGACAUUUUCCAAUGUUAGUGUUCUGGUGAACAAAUUAGAAAUCAAAAAGUAGACAUUUUGUCGUUAGAUUCAGUAGUUUAUAUCAUAAGACGAAAAGAACUGUUUCUAUCCCGAAAUCGAUUAGUUUGAAUUGUGUGUUACAGUGAAAGAAAAGAAUACUGCAUAAAAUUAUCUGGGAAUCCAUGGAAGGCGAUAGCUACAAAUAUCAAAUUGAGAAGAAAGAAUAGAAAGAAAUAAUAAUACAUUUCAUGCAUUUGGGAUCCAAAGAAUGUGUGAAACGGUGAUACAGGAAUCUGGUCAAGUGAAUGUUGAAAGUGUUGUUACAUAAUCACAAAAUUGACAACGCAUUGUUUUCGUUACGCGAAUGCCAAUAGCACCAGAAAAAAAUAUAUUAGUGAAUUACUCAAUAGACGGUUAUAAGUGACAUUAAAAUAUUUUCAUAAAGUUUGGAAGUAGUAUGAAAAAAUCAAGUUCAGUACAGCAGUAUCAUUGGAAUUAUGUUAAAAACACAAGAAACCAACUAGAAAUUUUGGAUUAGCUCCUAUUACUAAGGCACAUAUGAGGCUUGAACUUUUUUAAAAUGCCAUUUAAAAAAAUUGAAAGAAGAGUUAGUGGACCGGGAGCCUAUUGCAAUAAUUAUCUGCAAAACAGUCAGGAAAACUCGGAGUUUCUACAACUUUAUCAAAAUCAGCUGCACCAGUCUUCAGUGAACGUUGGAUAUAGUAACAUAGUUUAUGGUAGUAACAAUAGUGCACAGCAUGGUUCAUCAAAAUGUGGCUCCGCAACAACAACGUUAGCAGAUAAACCGGGACUCCGAGCAACAGAGCCUGAAUUAGCGAAUCCUUCGUACAACAACUUGGAUAAAGCAUCGUCGGUUCCUGAUGAAAAUAAUUUAAAUUUUAAUCUCGAUAAAAAUAAUGCAAAAUCAUUAUCAGCAAACAAUUGUAGUGGUGCCCAUAAAAGUGUUGUAUCAGGUGGAAUUGGUAGUAGUAAAGGAAAUGGAAGCAGUGAUUAUCAAUCAAAGUAUUAUAAGAGUGAUAACAGUAACAACUUGAACACCCCAGCAACGAGUAACGUAACGGAGCAUCAGCAUAUGUUGAGUGAAUCGAAUGACAAUUCGAACAAUAGUGUUAGAAAUUCGCCCCUGUUCAAUGGAUGUAAAAGUGUUCUUCAACCAGCGCAUUCAGUGAAUAAUUCAAACAAGCCUUCGUUAAGCAAAAACGCAUUACUAAGCUCGUGCCAGGGAUCAUUCCAUUCUUUACAGGGUGGUCUUAGUUCAGACAACAGCACAUUUGUGCAACCGUAUAGUAGUAGUAUAUCUUCAACAAAUUCUUCGUCAAAUACGACGGCAGUUGUAAGUUCACAGCAACAAUCUAGCAGUUUAGCUCACUUUCAUCAGCAGCAACUCUCUCAACAUCGGCAAGGCUGUUCUAUAACACCAGCUGAAUCAUUAAAUGGUAGCGGCACAUUAGUUUUUAGUAGAUCAAGGAUUAACAGUAAUAGUGAUUCAUCUAAUAAUAAGAACAACAACUUUAACAAACUUAACUACGACAAAAAAUGCUCGAGUUCUGGUGCUAACAUAAAUAUACAUAGUAAUAACCGUAACAAAAGCAAUAACAAUAGUAACACAAUAAACAUUAGCAGUAGUAGUAGUAGUAAUCAUCAAAGUGAAACCAAUCAGUUGAAGAGUAUUAUCGAAUUGAAUACUCAAGUUAGUGAAUUGAAUAGUAAAAAUAUUGAGUUUAACAGGCAACUAAGUGCACCUACUGAAAACAACAAUAAUCAAAACAACCCCAAUUGCUACAGUAACAGUGUGUACAAUCUAUAUUCGAAUCACAUAUUGAGUCAAUACUACACCGGUUCACCGAACACAAAUAGUCUCAACCGAACGAAAAAGAAGAGGAGCUUCAAGCUGAACGGAAGAUUAUUUAAUGCAGCUAGCACUGAUUCUAUAAGGUUUCACUCGAAUCUUAUAAAUCAAAAUGAAAACGAUUUAAGGGUAUCAAUUGAUAAUACUUGUACAGAUUCCUUAGUAACAGCAUUGGACGACGAAGCACUUUUAAUUAAUGAUUACAUAAACGAUAUGGCAAAAUCAAAAGUACAUUUUGACGACGUUUCCCUAUACGGGACACCAAAAGAAGAACCGCUUCCAAGCAUACCACCGUCUACUGAAAAGCCAUCAUCGAAUUUUUUGAAAAACCAGCUACAAGCAUGGUUUCAGCCAACAGACAAUCGACUUGCUAUGAAGCUUUUCGGAAGCAAAAAGGCUCUAGUGAAAGAAAGGAUUCGACAAAAGACAUCCGGCCAUUGGGUGAUUCAUCCUUGCAGUUCAUUUAGGUUUUACUGGGACUUGUGUAUGUUACUACUGCUAGUAGCAAAUCUGAUAAUAUUGCCUGUUGCCAUAUCCUUUUUUAAUGAUGACCUCAGUACGAGAUGGAUUGCCUUCAACUGCUUAAGUGAUACGAUUUUUUUGGUUGACAUAGUAGUCAACUUUAGGACAGGCAUUAUGCAACAAGAUAACGCCGAACAAGUGAUAUUAGAUCCUAAGCUUAUCGCAAAACAUUAUUUGAAAACAUGGUUUUUUCUUGACUUAAUUUCAUCGAUACCACUAGACUACAUAUUCCUCAUAUUCAACCAGGUAAGUAUUACAUAACGAUUUCAAUAGAGAGAGACAUGCCAACUGGUUUAUGCUUAUAAAGUUUGUACACACCAAAAAGUAGAUCGAAAAAUCGUUCCAAAAAAUCAUGCAGCAGGUUAAUCAGAUAUUAACUUGUUCAU